CUCCCGCGCCGCGAGGAGUGGACACGCCCAGACCUGUGAAGACGUCGGCUUCCCGCGUCGCCAGGGGAGUGGACACGCCCGGACCUGUCCAAAGGGGGGGCCCCGUGCUCCGCGGGGGCUGGCACGCGGCGCGCGGCGCCCGGGGCUCCGCCGUCGCGCCCGCGAGGGCGGCGGGCGCCGAGGACGCACGACGACGAGCGACGGACGACGGGCGACGGAAGACACGACGACGACGACGACGACGACGACGACGACGACGACGACGACGACGACGACGACGACGACAACGGGAGGCGGCCUUCAAGCACGCACACCCGCUCCUAACAAAAAGAAAUGGAGCCACCGAAUCCUUCUGCCGCGCGCCUCCUACCAGAGAAGACGGCCGCGCGCGCGCGCGCGUCGCGCGAGCCGAGCGGCACGCCCACUGCGCGAGGCGGCCUGCGGGCACGCGCUCUGCGGCGGCAGGCCCUCUCCGAGAGCAGGCGAGCGGGGGAGCCCACGGCGAGCAGGCGAGGACACGGCGACGGGAGUGCCACGGGGGGCCACGCUGCCGAGCUCCGGUGCGGCACCGCGCCGCGAGGCGGCGUGCCGCUCGCGGAGGCGGGGGCCCUGAUUAGCGCUGCCCGUGGCGCGAGGCGGCCCUGAGAGGCAGGCCCUCCGCGGGGACGGGCCGUCGGAGAGCAGGGGGGGGGGAGAGAGACACGGAGGGACGGGGAACGGAGGAUGAGGAAGGCGGCGCCCUUGGAGGGAAAAACGUCCUCGCCGCGGCGCUCACCACAUCCAGUGCGAGACGCCGCGCCGAGUGUCGCACCUGCUGCUUCGGGUCGCCCGGGCGGCGUCCUCGGCACUACGCCUGGGCGGUCGUCUGUGGGGGGCGUGUCGUCGCCGCGGUCGUCGGCC